CUCUUUUUAGUUUGUGAUUGUGCUUGACUUGACAGACGACUCGCUCGCUGGUUGCUAUUGGGAAUUUGGGACUUGGUACGAAAGUAAACUUGAUAAAUCGAAUUAAAACUUUUUAUUAACUUUUUAUUUCCAACCUGUGUUAGGGUUAAAGUGCAAACUGCCCUAAUUAUGCUUUUCUAGUCAUUUUUUUAUUGGAAGUGUAUUAAGUUGUGUGUGUAUAACGAUAUUUUGGUUUUGCAUAAAUAAAUUUAAAAUGAAAGGCAGCAACUUGGUGAAAUGUGCAAAGCAUUGCCUUUCGGGCAACCGUCAACAACUAUGCAGAUCAUCAUCAUCAGCUGCAACAACAGCGGCGGCGGCGUCGCGCAGUCGGCCGGCGCCGCGCGAGUCCGCGUCUUUCACAUUGAACCUGUUCCGCGGGCUGCUAGAGCCUGCGCAGGUGUUCCCCUACCCCGAACCCCUCUCCGAUGACCAGAAACAGAUGCUCAAUGAACUAGUGCCACCUGUUGAGAAGUUCUUCGAGGAGGUGAACGACCCCGCCAAGAACGACGCGACGGCACAGAUCGAGGAGAGCACUCUAUCGGGGCUGUGGGAGCUCGGAGCGUUCGGGCUGCAAGUGCCGGCCGACCUCGGCGGCCUCGGCCUCUCCAACACGCAGUACGCGCGCCUCGUCGAGAUAGUAGGCGCGAACGACUUAGGUGUAGGGAUCACAUUGGGCGCCCACCAGUCCAUAGGCUUCAAGGGCAUCCUGCUGUUCGGGACUCCGGAGCAGAAGGCCGAGUACCUGCCGCGGGUCACCGGAGGACAGUACGCCGCCUUCUGCCUCACUGAGCCCUCCUCAGGGUCCGAUGCUGGUUCUAUCAAGACUCGUGCAGUGUUGUCUCCGGACGGCCAGCACUUCAUCCUGAACGGGUCCAAGAUCUGGAUCAGCAACGGCGGCAUCGCUGAGAUCAUGACCGUGUUCGCGCAGACGCCGGUCGAGAAGGACGGCAAGACUGUCGACAAGGUGACCGCGUUCAUAGUGGAGCGCGGGUUCGGCGGAGUGUCGUCGGGCCCGCCGGAGAACAAGAUGGGCAUCCGCUGCUCCAACACCACGGAGGUGUACUACGAGGACGUGAAGGUGCCGGUGCGCUGCGUGCUGGGCGGCGUCGGCAACGGGUUCAAGGUGGCGAUGAACAUCCUGAACAACGGACGGUUCGGCAUGGCGGCGGCGCUGGCGGGCACGCAGCGCGCGGCCGUGCGUCAGGCGGCUGAGCACGCGGCCACGCGCGUGCAGUUCGGCAAGCGGCUCGUCGAGUUCGGCACCAUCCAGGAGAAAUUGGCGCGCAUGAGCACAUUACAGUAUGUGACGGAGUCGCUGGCCUACAUGGUGAGCGGCAACAUGGACUCGGGCUGCCAGGACUACCACCUCGAGGCCGCCAUCAGCAAGGUGUUCGCGUCGGACGCUGCGUGGACGGUGACGGAUGAGGCGAUCCAGAUCCUCGGCGGGAUGGGAUUCAUGAAGGCGACAGGUCUCGAGCGAGUGCUGCGUGAUCUUCGCAUCUUCCGCAUCUUCGAGGGCACCAACGACAUCCUGCGGCUGUUCGUCGCUCUCACCGGCAUCCAGUUCGCCGGCUCUCAUCUGCAGGAGCUGCAGCGCGCGUUCAAGAACCCGGCCGCCAACCUCGGGCUGAUCUUCAGCGAGGCGUCGCGUCGCGCGUCGGCGGCCGUGGGGCUCCGGCGCGGGCCCGCCGCCGCGCCGCUGGUGGCCGCGGAGCUGCGCGCGCCCGCGCUCGAGCUCGAGAAGGCCGUGCAGGAGUUCGGUCGCGGCGUGGAAGCCGCUCUCGUGAAGUACGGGCGCGGCAUCGUGGACGAGCAGUUCGUGCUGAACAGACUGGCGUCGGCCGCCAUCGACCUGUACACGACGGCGACGGUGCUGUCGCGGGCGUCGCGCGCGGCGCGGCUGUCGCUGCCGGCGGCGGCGCACGAGCUGCGGCUGGCGGCCGCGUGGGCGGACGAGGCGCUGGCGCGCGUGCCCAGCGCGCUGGCGGCCACUCGCGACACGCGCGCGCUGAAGCAGUACGAGCGCCUCUCGCGCCUCGGCCAGGACGUGGCCGCCGGCGGCGGCGUGCCCACCCUCAACCCUCUCAAUGUAUAGGAAUCUUGUCUUAGAAUCGAUUGUUAAUAUUUAUUUUUGAUAGGCGAAAGUAUAUCUCUUUACCGUAGUUAAUGAAAUAAUACAUAAGUGAUUAAAAAUAUUAUUUUAUUA